GAGGCCGCAGGACAAAAGCUCCUCACCCCUCUCCCUCUCCCCCUCACAGCUUCCCCAAAGCUUACCUUUCCCCACACCCAGACCUCAACAGCUUGCUCCGUGGUCUUCUUCUUGCUUGGGAGCCCGGUCGCCUCUUGCUUCCUCGAGCCCCUCUCCUCCUCGCCCAAGCCUCUCUCUCUCUCUCUCUCUCUGAACCAUACCAGUCCCCAGCCACAGCCACAGGGGAUUCUUGGGUUGCCGGAGAAGAGCCAUGCUUCACGGUGGCAGGCCGCUGUCCCUCAGGGGCUCCCUCAAGGCCCUCGAAGCCGAUAUCCACCACGCCAACACCCUGGCGCAUGCUAUCCACAGGGCCUACGGGGGCACCUGCGUGCAGAUGAGGCUGUCCUACAGCUCCAUGGCUCCAAUCAUCCUCAACCUUAUCCAGUGGAUGGACUGCAGCUGCUCCCUCUCCUACACCCUCCCCAGCUACCUGGGCCUUCUCGAGGUUCUUGUCUACAAGGUUUAUGUUGAUGGGGAUGCAUCCAUAUCCACCAUCGAAAGGCGAGCGAGCCUCAAAGAAUUCUACGCCAUAAUAUACCCCUACUUGCAACAAAUUGAGGAGAACGUCAUGGCGAGAGACUGCAAGGAGAAGGGGUGGUGCAAGGGGCACGGCGACAGCGGCGGCCGCCGGAAGCUUUACGCCGAUGAUAAGGACGCCGAGAGGGAAGAUGAGUGCGGCAUUUGCUUGGAGACCUGCACCAAGAUGGUCCUUCCCAACUGCAACCAUGCCAUGUGCAUCAACUGUUACCGAGACUGGUACACAAGAUCUCAGUCGUGCCCAUUCUGCCGCGGAAGCCUGAAGCGAGUCCAGUCCAGGGACCUGUGGGUGCUCACCGGCGACGAAGAUGUGAUCGACCCGGUGACCCUGGAGAAGGAGAAUGUGAGGCACUUCCACAGCUUCAUCGACAGCCUGCCCCUCAUCGUCCCGGACAACCUCCUGCUUGUCUACUAUGACUACCUAGUCUAGCGACGCUCCGGCUCCAGCUCCGGCUGGGCGUGGAGAUAGCGAUGAUGUACUACAGUGCAAGGGUUCUCCGGCAGCCGACCAUCCUCCGCAGAUCGAGUCUGGCAAGCGAAAGCCGAAGCCGAAGCCGUCAGUCAGUCCGUUUGCCAAGCGCCAUUAUUUGUUGCUCUGGCUUUGCGCAAUCGCAUUGGUGUGGUAAUAAGUGUACAGAAAAAUGAAGUGCUUGAUGGAUCCUGAUGAAGGUUUUUACUUGUUUGGUAUCGAUGCUCUGGCAAAUUGCCAAGCUAUAAUUAAAGAAGAACAGUUGCUGGGUAA